UAUUUUACAACCUACUAAUGCGAAUUCGUGUUAUGUGUUUACUAAAGAAUUAGUAAUUGCUCAAUCAUUGAAAGUUCAUCUAUAUCAAUAACAACUUUGUCUUUGCCUACGUAACACCUAUUUUUUUUCCUCAUACAUCGAUUUUAAUAACAAUUUUUCUGAUAUAAAUAUAAAUUUUCAACUCAUCUGUUGCUGAUUAUUAUUGAAUCACUCAUAUCUUAAAACAUUAUGCCCUGGUCUCAUGUGUCAAUUUUCAGAUAGAAAAGUAUAGACUGUCAGUGAAAUACGGGUAUGACUAUUUUUAUUAUAUGACAUUUAGCUGCCACACUCCUCAUCAGAUGAAUAUUUUUUAAAUAAUUGAGUGAUAAAAAUAAAAAUGACUAAUCAAUAUAAUAAACGGCCUUACUAUGUAUGAUUGUGCAAUGAAAGUUAUUCCAUUUAAUAAAGUUUUUAUGAAUAUAAAAGAAAAUUUAUCUCAAAAUAUUAUGGCCACAAAUGAAGAAGCUGAUGAUGCUGAACAGCUUCGUUUACUUGCUCUUCAAUCUAUGGUGAGACGAACCAUUAAAAAUAAUUCUAGUCAAAAGAGUGAUGACCAAGAUAUAUUACUGCUAAGAACUGCUGCACUUGAAUCAAUAGGACUCAAAACUAAUAAUAAAAAUAGCUCAAUUAAUGAAUUAAAAAAUAAUCAUUGUACAGAAAAUAGAAAAACCAAAAGAUCUCAAAGUGAUUCAUUAGCUGAUCCACUAAAUAAGAAAAGGAAAAUACGUAAGAAAAGAAAAAACUCAAUUAAAUGUUUUAAUACUGAUAAUGUAUUAGUUAAAACUACUGAGUUAGAAAAUAUUGAUGAAAAAAAAUAUGAACACUCUGUUAAACCAGAAGUUAAGAAAAUAGUUAAAAAUGGAAGUAUAUUAUUGUCAAAUUUAAAUUCAGAAGGCAUUGAUGAAACAAUGGUUAUUAAAAUAACAUUUAGCUCUUCAGAAAGUGAUGAUUCAUCUAGUGAAAAUGACAAUACUUUAAAUACUAGUAAAGCUGAAAAGAAUAUUUCUGUAGAGAUCAACAAUGACGUUGAUUGUUUAAAAAGGAUCAGUUCUAAACAAAAUAUCUCUGAAGUUGAUAGUAUAAAUAAAGUUGAUUCAGUGUCAAUAAAAAAUAAUAAGUUAAAAUUUAAUGACUGCAUUCUUAAACUAUCAAGUUUAAUGAAAAGUUGUGAUUCAGAAAUUGAAAAACGUGAGGCACAAUUAAAAAUAUUUUUAGAAGCAUAUGAAAAGUAUGAAAAUCACAACAGAACAGUAUAUUCUUUAUUGGAGUCAAUUAAAGCUGUCCGUAAGGAAUUGUCUGAGCUCAAUUCCAAUNGUCCGUAAGGAAUUGUCUGAGAUCAAUUCCAAUGAAAACACAUCAAUCUCCAUUCAAAAUAUUAAUAAUGCAAAUAAAAAUAGCUGAAUAAAAUAUUUUUAAUUUUCUAUUAAUCUAGCAUAUACUUAAUAAUUUUGAUCAUCCUAUUAGAUAAAUAAAUCAUUUUUUCUUUU